CAUUAACCUAUACUGUUAGCCUAAUAUAACAAUUAAAAACCGUUGUUUAUCUUUAAAGAAUUCUUUAAAAUUUUUUCCGAUCAAAAUAGAAGAAAUAUUAAUUGCUAAUCUUUCUGCAUUUGAUGCAGAUUGUUCCAAUGUAGUGAUAGUACGAUUUUUUAAUCUCUUCUAAGAUUCAUUCUGAUGGUAAUCUGUUUAUUUUAUUAAAAGUUAUGGGUGAAUAUUUAGAUUCAAUGAAAGGUAAAUCAUUAUCCACGGUAUUUGGAGAUCCUUCGCAAUAUCGCUUACCGAUUAAAGAGGUUGAAGAAAAGUGGAAAUUGGUUCCUGCAUUUUUAAAAAUCAAAGGCCUUGUGAAGCAACAUAUUGAUUCAUUUAAUUAUUUUAUCAAUGUAGAAAUCAAAAAAAUAGUUGAGGCCAAUUCUAAAGUAACUUGUGAUGCUGAUCCUCUAUUCUAUCUUAAAUAUACUAAUGUUUAUGUUGGAACUCCAGAUGUAGAUGAAGGUUUUAAUAUAAGUAAACAAACAACUCCUCAUGAAUGUAGAUUGCGAGAUCUUACCUAUUCUGCACCAAUAACAGUUGAUAUUGAAUACACGAGGGAAAAUCAACGAGUUGCAAAAACGGGAAUGUUAAUUGGUAGAAUGCCUAUUAUGUUGCGUUCGUCAAAUUGUGUUUUGAGCAAUAAAUCAGAAUUUGAGCUCGCUAAGAUGAAUGAAUGUCCAUUAGAUCCUGGUGGAUAUUUUGUUGUUAAAGGGCAAGAAAAAGUUAUAUUAAUUCAAGAACAAUUAUCUAAAAAUAGAAUGAUUGUUGAAGAGGGCAAAUUUGGAAUCCAGUGUACUGUUACUAGUUCAACACAUGAAAAGAAAUCUCGAACUAUAGUGUUUGUAAAAGGAAAUAAGUAUUAUCUCCAACACAAUGCUUUCAAUGAAAUUAUUCCAAUUUCUAUAAUUUUUAAAGCAAUGGGAGUUACAAGUGAUCAGGAAAUUUGCCAACUUAUUGGUGUUUCAAACAUGGAAAAAUUUAUGUCUACCUUAGAAGAAUGCCAUAAUUUGGAUAUAUUUACUCAAACUGCAGCUUUGAAACAUUUGGGAUCUAAGCUAGUUGCAAAGCGUUUUGUUACUGCAGCCAGUAAGGUUAAAACACCUGUUGAUGAAGCAAGAGAUUUGUUGGCUACAACAGUUUUAGCUCAUGUUCCAGUAGAAGAGUUUAAUUUUCGAACAAAAUCGAUCUAUAUGGCAUUAAUGAUUCGCAGAGUUAUGGAUGCUGAAGUAAACAAAAAACUCCUUGAUGAUCGUGAUUAUUACGGAAACUGGACUAUUAAACGUUUCCGAAUGGAACGGUUAGGGGUGACACAAGUUCUCUCAAGGCUCAGCUACAUUUCUGCUCUUGGUAUGAUGACAAGAGUAAAUUCGCAGUUUGAAAAAACACGAAAAGUUUCUGGACCUCGUUCUCUUCAACCGAGUCAAUGGGGAAUGUUAUGCCCAAGUGAUACUCCUGAAGGAGAAGCAUGUGGUUUGGUAAAAAAUUUGGCUCUAAUGACGCACAUUACUACCGAAGUAGACGAAUAUCCCGUUGUACGUAUGGCUAUUAAUUCUGGAGUUUUAGACAUUAAUACAGUAGGCACUGAAGUCCUAAGUUCUUCAAAGAUAUACUUAGUAUUUUUGAAUGGUAAUAUAUUGGGUGUUAUCAGGAAUUACAAACGUUUAAUUCAAGCUGUAAGAUUGAUGAGGAGGAAAGGAAAAAUUUCUCAAUUUAUCUCAGUUUAUCCAAAUCAUCAGCAAAAAUGUAUUUAUAUUAGUUCUGAUGGAGGCCGGUUAUGCCGUCCUUAUAUAAUUGUAGAAGAUGGAAUUCCUUUGGUUACAGAAGAUCACAUCAAUAAGUUGGAAAAAGGAAUUGGAAUGAGAACUUUUGAUGAUUUUUUACAUAUGGGGCUAAUAGAAUUUCUGGACGUGAAUGAAGAAAAUGAUAGUUUAAUUGCGUGUUAUGAAAGAGACAUAACUCUCCAGACAACUCAUUUAGAAAUAGCAACAUUCACUAUAUUAGGCGUUUGCGCGGGUUUGAUUCCAUAUCCUCACCACAAUCAAUCACCCCGUAAUACAUAUCAAUGCGCCAUGGGUAAACAAGCCAUGGGUUCAAUAGGUUAUAAUCAGAAAAAUCGCAUGGACACUCUUCUUUAUAAUCUGGUUUAUCCCCAAGCUCCUAUGGUGAAAACUAAAUCGAUUGAAUUGACACAUUUUGAUAAAUUGCCUGCAGGUCAAAAUGGUACUAUUGCUGUUAUGAGUUACAGUGGGUAUGACAUUGAAGAUGCCUUGAUUAUUAACAAAGCCUCCAUAGAUAGGGGUUUCGGAAGAUGUUUAGUGUAUAAGAAUACAAAAUGUGUGAUGAAACGAUAUGCCAAUCAAACAUUUGAUAGAGUACAGGGGCCCGUUAUUGAUACUAUGACAAAUAAGCCUAUUUGGAAACAUCAAGUAUUAGAUAAUGAUGGGAUAGUAGCUCCUGGAGAACUUGUAGAAAACAGGCAAAUAUUAAUAAACAAGUCGAUGCCUAUCACUUCAUCAGUUCCUGGUAAUACUACAAAUAAAGUGGAAUACAAAGAAACUCCAGUGGCUUAUCGUAAUGUCGAACCUAGUUACAUAGAGCGCGUGUUAGUUUCUACAAAUGAAGAAGAUGCAGGUCUUAUCAAAGUUUUGCUUCGACAAACUCGUCGCCCCGAAAUUGGUGAUAAGUUUAGUUCUCGGCAUGGUCAAAAAGGUGUUAUAGGAUUGGUUGUUGAACAACAAGACAUGCCUUUUAAUGAAUAUGGAAUUUGUCCAGAUAUUAUUAUGAAUCCUCAUGGUUAUCCAUCGCGGAUGACGGUGGGAAAAUUAAUAGAACUCCUUGCAGGAAAAGCAGGAUUAAUGGAGGGAAAAUUUCAUUAUGGUACUGCUUUUGAAGGUUCGAAAGUUUCCGAUGUCAGCGAGGAAUUAAUUCGACAUGGAUUUAAUUAUCAAGGUAAAGACGUCUUUUAUUCUGGAAUAACUGGAGAAGCUAUGGAAGCCUAUAUUUACUCAGGACCUAUUUAUUAUCAAAAACUGAAGCAUAUGGUGCAAGAUAAAAUGCAUGCUAGGGGAAGAGGUCCUAGAGCUGUAUUGACACGACAACCCACUGAAGGUAGAAGUAGAGAUGGAGGUUUACGAUUGGGUGAAAUGGAACGUGACUGUUUAAUAGGUUAUGGUGCAAGCAUGAUGCUAGUAGAGCGUUUAAUGGUAUCAAGUGACCAAUGUGAAGUAGAUGUGUGUAACAAAUGUGGAAGACUGGGAUAUUGUGGAUGGUGUAAUAGUUGUAAAAGUUCUGGACAAGUUUCCAAAAUAACUAUGCCAUAUGCCUGUAAAUUAUUACUGACUGAAAUGCAAUCAAUGAAUAUUAGUUGUCGGUUAACUUUAACUCAUUAUUGCCAGUGACUGUUUUAACAUAAAUAUAUUUUUUGUUGUAAUAAUUCAGCAAUAAGUAUUUAGAUUGAAGUGAAAAUUAUUUCACAUUGUUUAUUUCAUUAAACAGUUUUGUUAAUAAAUGGACUAUAAAUGAAACAAGUUUAAAUAUAGGACCUUCGCUCAGAGAGGGGCGGGUGGUGUUGACAGGU